AUGGAUUCCAAUGACCUUGAAGCAAGUUUUACAUCUCGUCUCCCACCGGAGAUAGUGGCAGCUCUAAAAAGAAAAUCUAGCCGUGAUCCAAACUCUCGCUUUCCAAGGAAGUUACACAUGCUCCUCACUUAUCUUGCUUCAAAUCCACAACUCGAAGAGGAAAUUGGUUUAUCCUGGAUAAGCGAUACAGAGUUCAAAAUGAAGAAGAAAAAUGUUGCACUGGUUAUGGGAAUUAAACUCAACACUCUCAACGUUAAUCUUCGUGAUCUUGCAUUCGAGCAACUCCAACACGAUAAAGGCGGAUGGACCCAAUGGAAACGUUCCGGCUUUACCAGAAAUAGUGUAUUCGAAGACCCAACUCAAAACGAUUCCCCGAUGCCAGUAAAUACAAAAAGAUCCAAUGGUACGAAAAGAGUUGAAUUUCCGACCACGAAGAAGUCGAUGUGCAUUGGAAAUUCCACACCCAAUGAACAAGAAACAUUUAGGGCCAAAGUGGACGAAAUCUGGUUUAGGUUAACGCAAAAAACAGACGGAACUGUUAUGCGAGACUUCCUAAUUGAAAAGGCUGCCGAAUAUUUCAAGCAGCCUGAACAACCAAAACAAAAUGCGAUAGAAGUAAUUAGCGCCAUUAUGGCUCCUCAAGAAGAACAGACAAAAAGCAAGGCAGAUCUUUAUAAAUUCUUAGCAAUGUUUGGUCCUUAUGAGACCAUUAUGCUUAAGAUUGCUUCUUUACUUCUAAUUUCGAAUAACAAAGGCCAUUGGCUUACCUUCGAUCCUCAAGCUGAGAAGAACGCUAAUAAUCAACGCGAUUCUAUCUCAGGUUGGUUUGAUCAAAACGAGCCAAACUGUUUGAUCUUGAAGACCCCGACUGGAAUAAGGAAAAUAUGGAACAAACCAUUAAUCGAAGCUACCGGACAAUACUUAAUGGAUGAAAAUGGUGAAAAAUACGAUUCUUGGGAUAAAUAUUUUGAAAUGAAGCCAAUUGAAACUUACCUCACAGCUUAUCCUACUUUCGCUCCAAUGUAA